AACUUGAGCGAAACUAAAAACUUCAACAACUUCAAAACCAUCGAUUGGCUCAAUGACGAAAUACACCAAAGCAGUCUCAACAACCACACUGCUACUGCUAACAAUAGCAACAUUAUAAGUGACGUUGAUAAUCUCUCGAAUAACAAUGCUAGAGUUAUCAAUUGGUGGGUUAAUUUUAAACAUUCGUCCAAGAAUUGGUUCAUUCUAACUGUAAUUGGGAUGAUUAUUGGUAUAAUAGCUGCAUCAUUGAAUUUGAUAACCAACUUUUUAAAUGAUUUAAAAUUUGGUUACUGUUCAAACCAUUUCUAUUUGAACAAAAGCUUUUGCUGUUGGGGCGAAUCGGAAAUAAGCUGUUCAAACUGGGUCAGCUAUUCCAACCCCGAGCAUUAUUCAGUACUCAAUGCCAUAUCGUCAUUUUUAAUCUACUUGGUUUUCUCAUUAUUAUUUGGUUUAAUUGCCUCGAUCUUGGUCAAAUACAUUGCUCCAUUUGCUGCUGGCUCUGGAAUCUCCGAGGUCAAAUGCAUCGUGGCAGGCUUCAACAUGAACCAAUUUCUCAAUUUCAAAACGUUUUUAAUCAAAAGCAUAACUUUACCCUUAGCCAUUGCUUCAGGUCUAAGUAUUGGUAAAGAAGGUCCCACAGUUCAUUACGCAGCCUGUGUUGGAAACUUUGUCUCGAAAUUCAUUAACAGUGAUAACAGCAAUAACAACUUUAUCAAUUUCAAUGAUUUGAAAGAAUAUAUAACAGCUGCAACCGCUGCUGGGGUGGCGGUAGCAUUUGGAGCACCAAUUGGUGGUGUGUUGUUUUCGUUGGAGGAAAUAUCAUCAAUUUUUCAAAUUUCUACAAUGUGGAAAUCAUACUUUUGUGCUUUGAUUGCCACUGGGAUUCUAUCGUUAAUUAAUCCGUUUCGAACAGGCCAAUUGGUUUUAUUUGAAAUUAAAUACAAUGAAAACUGGAAGUUUUUUGAGGUUCCAAUAUUCAUCUUGUUGGGUGUCUUUGGUGGCAUUUAUGGGCUUGUGAUUAGCAAAUUCAAUAAAAAGUUUAUAAAAUUCCGACAGACUUAUUUGAAAAAUCUCGAAAUUCAAGAAAUUUUAUUUCUAAUUUUAAUAACAUCCACCAUUUGCUAUUUCAAUCAAUUUUUGAAAAAGGAUUUGACUGAAACUAUUGAAGUAUUAUUUCAGCAAUGCUCCAAUGAUAGUGAUAGCAAGGAAACAGAUGAGUGGAGUCAUUUUGUUUGCAAUUUUCCCAACUUGAAAAAAUUUGAAAAAUUUAAAAUCACCUCGUCUUUAUUUCUAGCGAUCAUUUUCAGAAUGGUUUUAAUCAUCAUUUCUUAUGGGUGCAAGAUUCCCUGUGGUAUAUUUAUACCAUCAAUGGCUGUUGGUGCUACGUUUGGCAGAUUCAUUGGUAAUAUAAUUGAAGAAAUUUACUCAAAUUAUCCCAAUUUGAAAAUCUUCAAUAAUUGUUUGCCGGACGAAAAAUGUAUUAUUCCUGGAACGUAUGCUUAUAUCGGUGCUGGUGCAACAUUGAGUGGGAUCACGAACUUGACACUAACUUGUGUGAUUAUAAUGUUUGAAUUAACUGGAGCACUACGAUACAUCAUACCAACGAUGAUUUCUAUUGGAAUCACAAGAACAAUCAUUGACAAAUAUGGAAAUGGUGGAAUUGCCGACCAGAUGAUCAAAUUCAAUGGGUUGCCCUUUAUUGAUCCCAAGGAAGAACAUAAUUUUCAUAAUUUAGAGGUUUAUAAAAUCUUCAAUAACAACUUGGGCCCAAAUGAAACCGUCAAAGGAAUGAAGCUAAAAGAGAUAAAUAAAAUACUCAAAAAAUUUGACUUUAAAACAUUUCCUAUCAUUGAAAUUAAAAUUGACAGUGCAAGUAAAGAAAAAAUUCCCAAUGACAAUUUCAAUACAGAGCUAUUAUCAUUAAACGCCGAAUGUGUGUUCAAUAACCACAUUCCUGACAAUAGUAUCGGGAUUUAUAACAAUGAAAAUCGGGAAGUUAUCGACUUUAGCAAUAAAGUGAAUUUUUCAAACAUAACAAUUGAUAUUGUAACGUCACUAGAAAGUUUGUGUGAAAUAUUCUACAAGAUUGGGCCCAGAAUGAUAUUUCUAAUCGACAAGGGCAAGUUUAUAAGCUUGUUAACAAGAAAGGAUAUUUUAAGAAUUGAAUAC